CCAAAAGAUAAAAAACAAAAGGGACCUCACAGAUCGGGUCCUGCUCUGAUCUCUCCCUCUUUUCCCCAAAGUCUCUCACUCCCCUGCCCCGAACUUUUUAUCAUUAGCUUCUCUGCAGAUUCUCCAUUUCAAUUCGGCCUUCUUGUGAUUGGGUCGGGGAUUCUAGCUUCCUUCAAACACGUUAACUCGAAGCCUCCCCGGAUCAAAUUUGAAGUGAAAAUUCUAGGGUUUCAAAACCCCCCAAUUAGGAGAGAUAGCUAAGAUUUGGGAUUCAGGAGAGCAAUAAAUGGGUUUGGUAAUGGGCAUUUGCGUUUUUCUGAAGAGGGAGAUGCAGGGAAUGUCUUUGGAAUGUGUAGGCACACACCCACACCCUCUGAAUCUGAAUGAUGCUCUCAACUUCAGUACCGGUUCUGCAAUCCCUUGACCAAGCUGCUCGAAAGGAUGUCAUUCCAAUAAAGUUGGGAGUGAAGGCAGCUAAGUUUGCCAAGCAAACAGUUAACACAGAUGAAAUCAUUUAAGAGUUAUGGAAUAUUUGCAGAUUGGAGUAAUCCCUACUUGACUCUUGAUCCAAAAUAUAAACCUUGUUUCUCUGAGUGGAAAGGAGUAUUGUUUGCGAGUCUGGGUUUUGAGCGAUCAACUAGAAAAGGUUCAAGGUUGUUUAUAUGGAUGAGCCUAGCACUGGACUGGAUCCAGCUUCAAGACAUAAUCUAUACGGGCAAAACAAAGAAAAGAGGGAUCAUCCUGACAAAUAGCCACAGACAGCGGAUAAUAAGUUGGAUUGAUGGCACAGGACAGCUAUCAGCUACAUUUGACUUCACAACCAAGGGAGUUCUUCAGGAAGCUGUCAAGGGACAAUUAUGGAGAUUAUGUGAUCCCCAAGGGAAGCCACCAGGUGUAAUACAGUAGUACAACUAGCUAGUUCCUAUAUUUAAUUUGUGUCUAGUAGAAAUUCUUCCUUCAUUAAGAAUGUGGACUUGUUUGCAGAUUCAAAUUAGUAGAUAUGAGCCAUUUUGAACUGAUGCUCAUGAUUAGG